UCUGUGAAGAUACGAAUAAUGUUGAAGAGGAGGAUGAUAGUUAUAAUAGAAACUAUGCUGACAGUUUUGAGAAGGAUAAUGGGAAUAGAGAAAGAAGAAGUAGAAGUUUAAUAUUGACAGAAUAUAAUAGUGAUUAUGAGAAGGAUGACGAUUAA